AGUUACAUUACUUUUUGACUCACCUGUGCCGUGAACCGUUAAAUUUUCUUCAUAUUUUGCAGUUAUUAGCUGGUUCUUACAUGUUAGCUAAGCUAAAGCUACCGAGGCUCAGCUGUCCUCACAGUAACAGCCUAGGAAAGUCAGUAUUUUGUUCUGAAACACCUUCAUUUAAAUCUCCUUCAUGAUGUAUGUAUGUUUCAUGUGGCUUUGUUCAGGAGGGUGAGCUGUCAUGUUUGCAUACAUUCCUGUAUAAUCUGAUGAGAUGUUGGACUCUGAUGACUGCAGCUUGUCCCUGGAUGAUCUGUUUUUUGACAAACCCGUUGUCAAUGAAGUAAAACCACUGCACCAAGAGGCCAGUCCGUGGCAGCUGGAAGAGCCUCCAUCUUUUACUCAUAUUCCAGCCACUCAGGAUAUGCAAGAAGAGGCUGAAUCUCUUUGUACCCUAUACAGUUUCUCACAGACACCCAAGAAUUUUCAACCUGUUUUUAAAGGAUCUGUUGGCCUUAAGGUGUUGCCUUCAGUUAUCAGCAGUUGUUGCAGUUUUAACAGUGAUAAGAAAGAGACUGAGGGGACUCAGGGAGGGUAGCAGCAGCAGCACCAGCAAUGCAAUGGCCUCUGGGGAGGUGAAGGGUUCAGGGAUUACUCUCAGGGUGGCUGUCAGAGUGGCAGAGGUGGAGAUGAAACCCUGCAGGACUCUGGUCAUGCGGGCCUCAGCAGAUGUUUGUCUCAGGACUUCAGCAAACGCCCACCUCUACAAAGAAGCUUGCUCAGUAUUCACGUGUUGACCAGUGGAGGUGACUCUUUAAACACAGGUGACCUCAGUAGCAGUGGCGGCAGCAGUCAGGCAACAUCCGGACCUCAAACUUUUCUCAGUCGGGUUACCAUGACAACAGCGCCUCCCCCUCCUCCUCCUCCUCCUCCUCCUCUUCAGCUGCCACAGGCGACAGUUGGCCGCGCAGCUCCUCCUUUCCCCUCCAAUCCCCCCCCCUCACCCCCUCCUAUGGGUUCAUCUGCAGCGAGUGGCCGUCCCCCGCAGCAGGCGCCACACGCAGAGACGCAGGACAAGGGCACAAAGAAAGCUUUCGUUCCGCCCAUGACGCCUCGGCCGCUCCUCAUACAAGGGUCUUCUGGGGCAGGUUUGCGUCCAGUUUCGGAAAUACCAGUUAAGUUCAGAUCAGUCUUCAGCGAGUUCCCCUUUUUCAAUUACGUUCAGUCCAAAGCUUUGGAUGAUGUUCUUUACACAAAUAAGAACUUUGUGGCCUGUGCUCCAACUGGAUCUGGUAAAACAGUGCUGUUUGAGCUGGCAAUCAUUCGUCUGCUAAUGGAGACACCAGAGCCCUGGAGAGAUGUCAAAGCUGUAUAUAUGGCCCCCAUCAAAGCUCUCUGUAGUCAGUGCUUUGAGAGCUGGAAGAAGAAGUUUGGUCCUCUGGGGCUGACCUGCAAGGAGCUGACUGGUGACACAGAGAUCGAUGACUUUUUUGAAAUUCAGGACUCCCAGAUCAUCCUGACUACGCCUGAAAAGUGGGACAGCAUGACCAGAAAGUGGAAGGAUAAUUGUUUGCUGCAGCUAGUCAGGCUCUUCCUUAUUGAUGAGGUGCAUGUGGUGAAGGAUGCGACCCGUGGUGCCACCUUGGAAGUGGUGGUGAGCAGGAUGAAAGCAGUACACACCUACAGGACUUCACAGAAUCCAGAGGCCGGCCUCUCUAUGAGAUUUGUGGCUGUGUCUGCUACCAUACCCAAUGUAUCUGAUAUAGCAGACUGGCUGUCAAAUGAGAACGGCCCGGCCACAUAUCUGGAUAUGGAUGAGAGCUACCGUCCAGUGAGGCUAAGGAAGGUGGUGCUGGGAUUCCCCUGCGGUCCAAAUCAAACUGAGUUCAAGUUUGAUUUGUCACUUAACUACAAGAUAGCCAACAUCAUACAGACUUACUCUGAACAGAAGCCUGCACUUGUGUUUGCUCUACAAGGAAAGGGGCUCAGCAGUCCAGCUGCAGUUCUGGCUAAGGAUGCUCGAUUCAUCAUGAGCGUUGAACACAAGCAAAGGUUGAUGAAAUUUGCAAACUCGAUUCUGGAUUCAAAACUGAGAGAUCUGGUGUUGUUAGGAGUUGGUUACCAUCACGCAGGAGUUGACUUGUCUGAUCGGAAGUUAAUGGAAGAGGCCUUCAUUCUAGGAGAUCUGCCUGUCCUCUUUACCACCAGGACUUUAUCCAUGGGGGUGAACCUACCAGCUCACCUGGUGGUGAUCAAAUCCACCAUGCAGUAUGUCGCAGGUUCCUGUGAGGAGUACAGCGAGGCCGAUCUGCUCCAGAUGAUAGGCCGUGCUGGAAGACCACAGUUUGACACAUCUGCCACUGCUGUAAUUAUGACCAAGAUUCAGUCCAGAGAGAAGUACAUGAAGCUAAUGAAUGGGAUAGAAGUCAUUGAGAGCAGCUUACACAGCCACCUGGUGGAGCACUUGAAUGCUGAGAUUGUUCUCCAGACUAUCAGUGAUGUAAACAUGGCUCUGGACUGGAUUCGCUCCACCUUCCUUUACAUCAGAGCCCUCAAGAACCCCACACACUAUGGAUUCUCUGCCGAUUUAGACAGAUGUGGAAUCGAAGCAAAAUUGCAAGAACUGUGUCUAAGGAACCUAAACUCUCUGUCCUCUAUUGGUCUGAUCUCUGUGGACGAGGAUAUCAAUAUUAAACCAAAAGAGGCUGGCAGGUUGAUGGCUAGGUACUGUGUUGCCUUUGACACCAUGAAACAGUUCAGUAAAGUAUCUGGCACUGAAAACCUGCGUGAUCUGAUUGAGCUGCUGUCAAAGAGCAGAGAGUUCAGCGACAUUCAGCUGAGAGUGAAUGAGAAGCGGCCCUUGAAUGCUUUGAACAGGGACAAGAACAGGCUCACGAUCAGGUUUCCCUUUGAGGGAAAGAUCAAAACCAGUGAGAUGAAAGUAAACUGUUUGAUUCAGGCUCAGUUAGGCUCCCUCUCAAUUCAAGACUUUGGACUUACACAGGACACAGCAAAGAUCUUCAGGAAUGGCAUGCGCAUCAGCAGAUGUCUGUCUGAGUUUCUGAGUCAGAGAUCAAAGGCUGGUUUUUCUGCUGUGCUCAACUCCCUGAUCCUGGCUAAGUGCUUCAGAGCCAAGCUUUAAAACUCACCCUAUGUUUCCAAACAGCUAGAGAAGAUAGGUCAAACUCUGUCAACUGCCAUGGUGAAUGCUGGACUCACCACUUUCGGCAAAAUAGAGCAAACCAACGCCCGAGAGCUUGAGCUGAUUCUAAAUAGGCAUCCGCCAUUUGGAAACCAAAUCAGAGAAUCUGUCGUACAUCUCCCAAAGUAUGAAGUUACUCUGGAGCAGCUUCCAAGGUAUAGCAGUGGCACAGCGGAGAUCAUGCUGAAAGUGAGCGUCAAAAACCAAGCGCAGCUGCUGACCAAGAGAACAGCUCAGGACCACCAUUAUGUCUCCAUCAUCAUCGGAGACUCUGACAACAAUGUCAUCUUUCUGCAGAAACUCACGGACUUGGUGCUGCUGAAGUGCAGUAGGUGGUCAAAGAAGAUUGAUGUGGUAAAGGCUGCAAAAGGAGAGGAGAUCAGUGUGCAUCUUAUCAGCUCAGAAUAUGUGGGCCUGGAUAUCCAGCAGAAGUUCACAGUGUACUACUCUGCAGCCCAAAGAUUUGGGAUUGAAAAUCCACACAGCAUAGCGCAGGCUCCCAGCAGACCACAAUCUGCGCUGAAACCACUAUCAACAAAUCAGGCUGCAACUCAGAGGGAAAACGCCACAUCUGCUGAAGAAGAAGGCAGCUGUAGUAAAAGACAAUGCAACCACUUCUGCAAGAACAAGGAUCUCUGUGGCCACGACUGCUGUAAAGUAGGUGUUGUUGUGGGAAAAAAGAGGUCAGCAAACCAAGAAACCAGUUUCUCUUCAUAUUUGAAAGACCUGAGGAGGCGCUGUGACACAUUUGCGUUGACCCCCGUUAAACGACUCAAGAUGAAAAUGACUGAGGAGUCUGUGCCACUCAGCAUGCAAAUGUUUGCUUACAAACCCAAAGAGAUGCUUCCCCCUGCUUCCUGGUGUGGAGGAAAUCUCUGUAAAGCUUCAGUGAGACCUCAGUCUGACCUGACAGGUGAAGACUGUGCUCAACUACCAGACAGAGGAAGUCUGAAUGGCCUUGACAGAGAUUAUGAUGACUGUGAACUGGAGGACAUGAACAUGGUGAUAGGAGAGCCAUCCCAAACCGCUGCUGCAGCUCAUCCUCACCAUCAAGGUUCCUCAGCGUGGAUGACCACAGAUAUGAGUGCUGGGAACUCUAAACAGUAUCUAAACCCGGUCAAUACAACCAGCACGAUUUACUCAAGGAGGUCCACCGCAGUGCCAGAACAGAGAGCUCUCUGCAAAAAUACUUCAUCCCUCCAGAUACCAACUGUCAGCUUUGACCUUGGAAAUGAGUGGGAUGACUGGGGUGAUUUCGAUGAUGAGAACUUGGUGCAUGCCAGCGAGACAGCACUGACCUCAUGUACAACUAAUGCUAAACCUCAGAUCCAGCAGUGUGGUGAGAGCAGUCUGCCAGGCUAUGUUGCAGCUUCAGCACCAGUAUUACUCAGCCACUCACAAGCCAAACCCUCUGCAACCACUGUCACUACACCACUGAGGUCAAUUUUAACAAAUGUGAGUCCUGAAAUCAGAAACGUGGGACCCUCAUCGGUCAGUCAGACAUUCACGCCACAGAAGAGAAUCACACUCAGCUGGAAUCCGAAAGUACAUAGGCCAAAUAUUUUCAGUGAGGAAAUCGGAGUAGAAACACCAUUAGAACACCUAAAACAGCCUCAGGAGGCUAAAGUGACCAGAAGGUUGGAUUUCUUUUCAGCUGUGAGUGUCCCACCCAGUGUCAGCUCAUCUCUCAAUAGAAGCAAAGAGGAGGAAGCCUUCGUUGGCAUAUUUGAUGGCAUAUUUUAGAAGUACUGCUGAACACACUCGUGAUAUAAACAUGUUGUUAGCAUACAUGCUUUCUGUUUCCUGUGAGAUUUAAACCAGGAGUUGUAGAAUGUUGUAAAUGAAUUCUUAUUUCAUAUUGUUAACGAAACAAGUUAU